AUGGAAGAAGAUGGGGGGGAUGACCUCACCCCCUUCUGGGUCCAAAGCACCACCAACCUCCGCCGAGCCGACCGCCUCCGCCGCGGCGUCGCCGCCGUGUUCUUCAGCUCGGGGCUGGUGGUUUUCCUUUUGUUGGUAACAGCUGCAUUUUUCUUGGCUUUUAUAGUGCCCUCCACCAUUUCUUUUAGUGCUACUAUUUUUAGGCCUAAUAGCGUCAAGAAAAGCUGGGAUUCUUUGAACAUUGUGCUUGUUUUGGUUGCUGUAGUUUUUGGGUUUCUUAGCAGAAAUCGAAAUGAGGAGAAAUCUCCAUUGUUUGAUGAAUUUCAAACUUCUCCGAUCAAGGACGAUGAAACCCAGAAAUCGAAAUUGUUUAAUUUUCCAUCAAAUGAUGAGGAAAAAUCGAAUCUUUAUGAAUUUCAAGAUUUUCAGCAGCAUAAAAAUUCGAUCUUGAGAAGAAGCAGCAGCUCCUACCCUGAUCUGCGUGAAUUUUCUUCAUCAAAUUGGAGUUAUGGAGAUUAUCAGAGGAGAUUUUUUGAUGAUUUUCAUGUUGAUUCGAGCCGGAGCUCGGAUCCGUUGCAGCUUCACCACCGCCGCCACCGGAGCUUGGAGCAAGUUGAUUAUCUGACGCCGCCACCGCAAACUAAGACCGUUCUUGUUGAUACAUUGGUGUCUAAAUCCAAUGCGGAGGGUAAAAGUUUUCCGGCAGAGACGGCGCCGCCGCCGCCGGAAGAUGAGGAGAUUGGGAAGAGGGUGGUGAAUGAGAGUGCGGUGGUGAGGGAGGAGAGAUCGAGCAGGAGAUUUUACAAAGAUUUGGAGAUCUCAAAUCCUGUUUCGGCGCCGAAGCCGCCGCUGCCACCGGUGGAGGAAUCUACUCCGCCGCCGGAAUUUCAAGAAAGUCAGAAACGGAGCCGUGAGAGAGCGGCGCGGAAGAAGGAAAGGUCGAGUAGAAGGCAGAUUUACAAAGAUGUGGAACCCAUCACGAUGGCACCACCACCUCCUCCGCCGCCGCCGCCGCAGAAGAGCGGCAAGAGUGAGAGAAGAAGAGGCGGCGCGGCCGCGAAUUCGACUAAAGUUUUCUUGAAUUCUCUCUACAAUAAGAAUAAGAAGAAGCAGAGGCAAAGGAGCGUAGAGAAUAUGGAUUCUCUUCUCCACGAAGCUCCGCCACCUCUGAGCUUCCAAAUUCCGCCGCCGUCGCCUCCUCCUCCUCCUCCGCCUCCGCCGCCGCCACCGUCGGUCUUCCACACUCUGUUCUCAUCCAAGAAGCCCAAAAGAAAAAGAACCAUAACGGUCACACUGGAACCAUUGCCGCCUUCGGACGCGCCGCCUCCCGCGGAGGCGCGUGACCCAGAACCCGCUUCUCAGGCGGCGGCGCCAGCGCUCACUCGCAAGCCGCCGAAACCCGUGAAGAUGAACAACUUCGACAGGCUCGACGAUGCCUCGAACAGCGGCGGUGAGUCCCCGAUGAGCCGUAUUCCGCCGCCACCACCUCCGCCGCCGCCGUCGCUCUUGAAAACCCCGGCGUGGAGGUUCGUGGUGCAAGGCGAUUACGUCAGGGUGAACAGCAACGAUAGCUCCAGGAGCGGCUCUCCGGACCUCGACGAAACGGACUCCGACGUCACUCCGUCGGCGGCGGACGGCGGCGCCGCGGUGGCGGCGGCGGCGUUGUUCUGCCCGAGUCCAGAUGUGAACACGAAGGCUGAGAGCUUCAUCACUAAUUUUCGGGCCAAAUUGAAGCUUGAGAAGAUCCAUUCCAUGAAGAAAAGAGAUGUGGGCCCGUCUAGUCUUGGCCCGGGCUCGGGCCCAAAUCAGAUUUAG